AUGGCAGGCGGCAGGUACACGGUAGAGCAGCUGGAGCACUUGCGCGAGUCUCCGCUGGUGAAGAAGCCUGAUACACUACCUUCGAUUGAGCAAUGGAUGGACGCAUCGAACGACCACAACACCAACAAUGCGGGAAGCACGACUAACCGCAGGUCGCGCACCAAUCGAGAGGGCGACGCAGGUGCGACCGGCGAGCAUCGCACGGAGCGACCUAUACUCGGGGCCAUGGGCCAGUUUGGUCGGCGUGCGAGUACGCGUAAGUCUGGAUCUGGUGAUACGCAGACUGUGGUGGCAGCUAUUAAUCGUCUCUUUACAGAUCAUGGUGAUGAGCCUGUAAUCGGAGGUCCCCCGAAGCUUAAUUUUGCUUCCGCGACCCGCUCGAAACCUGGCCAGUCGAAAGAGGCUACUGGAAUCACUUCCAUUGACGGAGAACAUACCGGCGAUCGCUUCCCGCGGAAUGACCGUUGGAGGGAUGGAGACCGCACUCGCGAAAAGGAGCUCACUAACGGUCGCCGCGGUCGACGAGAAGAGGGCGAGGGCUGGCAGAAUACCAAGAGUCGCAAGAGCUUGGGUCAGGAAGACUUUGAUAGAGGCUUUGGUCGCAAUGGCGACCGCGAGCGAAAAGACGCAGACGAAAAUGGGGAAGGCCCCCGCCGACGUAACGAUCGCUGGGGUCGCCGCGACGACGCCAACAAGGAGGCAGAGGGUGGUAAAUUCGGAACAACUGGUCAGGGCGGUUGGCGGGACAGGAACCGCGAACGCGAAAAGGAGCGUGAUUGGACGAGAGGUGGCGGAAAAGCAGAAGAGGACCCUGAAUGGAUGGAUGCGCCAGCUCCUAAAAAGGAGACCAAGGCUCACACCCAGGAAGACUUCCAACGCUGGAAAGAACAGAUGAAGGCCAAGGAUGCACCGACUGAGGAAAAGGAGGAAUCCAAACCCCCUGAGCUGCCAUCCUUCUUUUCCGAUGCCCUAUCGCAACAACCACUGAAGUCUGCCGGCACGCCUUCGGGACUAGAGCCGAAUCUAGGAUCAAUGUUUGGUACUUGGAGCACGAGCAUCAAGGCCGCAGAGUCAGCAGCUCUGGAACCUGCCAUAGUCAAAGCGAAGCCGGCCAAGGCGUCGAGGUUCAUGAACAUGUUCGCAAAGGUGGAGGAACCCACUGCAGCCAUUCCGCCACCCGCGCCCGCGCCCGCCUCGCCAGCACCACUAGUUACCGACAAGAACGCUGACCAAGAAGGCUUCCAACGCAUCCUCCAGAUGCUUGGUGGAACAGGUAUUGGUUCCGCUCCUGCUCCCCAACCGAGCGCCCCUACACCAUCCAACGGCCUCCGGCAAGGCGGUGGCAUCUCUCUAGACUUUCAUCAGUCUCCACCACCUCCUGAGAUGCAAGAACGUCGCCAGCCGCCGCAGCAGAUGCCGACGCGAUCUUCGAUGGAGACGCAGGCUCUGCUAGAGAACAUACUUGCACCCCGACCAUCCGUGGAUAACCGACCUUCACAACAAUCGAGGUUCAACAGCAUGUCGCCCGACAAUGCCCUUUUCGAGCAGUUUAGAGUUCCGCGUCCAGACUCGAACCGACCUGGCGAUGAGCAUCCCUACCAACAGCCUCCUUCGCGCAACAAUAACAACCCGCAAGAUCCCAACCUCGCUGCCCUGUUGAACAGUCGGUCACAAGUGAGCCGAGACAAGGGCAACAGCGCUGAGCGUGACUUUUUGCUCAACCUCAUGCAGCAGCCACGAAACACACCGCCACAAUUGGGCAACCAGAACCUACCCCGCCAGCCCAUGGAAAACCAGAACAUGCAAUUCUUUGAUCACAACCGACAGCAACAGGGACAGCCAAAGGGCCGCGGUGGACCGCCACCAGGCUUCAUGAGCGAGCGCAUGGAUCCACGCAUGGACGCAAUGUACAUGGAGAACGAGCUUAUGCGCCAGGAGCAAGAACGCCGCAACCAAGUUCGCGAGCUUCAACAACAGGAAGCUUCGCGUCACAAGGGUGGUCGCGGUAUGCCCAUGGGCUACUCCGAAAAUGAGCGAGACGUCAUUGCAGGCCUCCAGCGCCGUAACACGGCCGGCGAGAUACCUCGCCAGAUGACAAACAUGGGCAUCCCAUCCCAGCACGUACCCGACCUACCCUACAUGAGCGGUCGCCAGCCUGGAAUGCCGCCCACACCCCAGGAAGGACCGAAUGUCCGCCCUCCGCCAGGCUUCAACGGCCCCAUGCGCCAACCUCCUGGACUCGGUGGACCUGGUCCGCAGCACCAGAUGGGCCCAGGGCCGAGCUUCUCCGCCGGAAACACACCCAUGGGGCCGCCGCCAGGCUUUAACCCCGCGAACAACAUGCGUGGUGGCAUGUUUCCAGGUGGCCCGGGAGGUCCUGCAGGUCCUGGGGUUCCAGGUAACGGCAUGCAAGGUCCUCCACAGGGCUAUUUCCCUCCUCCACAAGGCUAUGGACCACCGUUGGGCCUGCGGGGCGAGGAUCCCAGGAUGAUGUUCGAGCAGCAGUUUGGUGGGCCGGGACCGAGGCAGCAACAGCAGCAGGGUCGUCCUCCAAACAUGUACUAG